UUAAAAACAUUCAACUCCAACUCCAACUCCAACUCCAAAAGCUAAAUUCUUACCAUGAAGUGAAAAUUGAAUUGAUCACCGACAUUUUUUAAAAUUAUUUGCAUGAUUUAAAUAUUUUUUUAAUUUAAAUAUUCAUUCUACUUCUAUGCUUUGAAAAGAUGUGUGAACUUCAUGUUAUUGGUCAAAUUGUUGGUGCUUCAGAAUUUAAAGAGAAUAAUUUAUUUUGCAAAUGGGGGUUGCAUACAGGAGGAAACUGGAAAAUAAUUUCAGGUCUUAAAGAAGGCCAAACCCAGGUUGACAGCCCUCUUGAUGGAGAAAUUUAUUAUUGGUGUCAUCCUAUUGAUAUACAUUAUGCAACAAAAGGAAUUCAAGGAUGGCCAAAAUUUUAUGUCCAAAUAUGGCACCAAGAUGACUAUGGAAGAGAUCAGUUUUGCAGUUAUGGAUUUUGCCAUGUUCCAACCUCUAGUGGUUAUCACAAGUGCCAGUGUGUGACAUGGAAACCAAGAUCAUCUGUGUGUGACAGAUUUUAUGAGUACUUUCUUGGUGGAGGUUUACAGCUGAAAAGUCCAGAAAACAUUUAUCAUGGUCUUGAUAGAUUUAGACUUCAAACAAUUGCAAUGGGAACAGUACACUUGGAACUUAAUGUUAUAUCACGGAAUUUCAACAAAUACGGCAUAAUUACAAACUGACAAUCAUAUAUUGCUUUAUAAGAGAUAAUUAUCAACUAUUUUGAAAUCAUGAAUCUGAAUUUUUUUCUCCAAUUCAGUAAUUACAUGCAUUUGGAGUUAAUGCAUUUAAAACUUAUUUUCUAAAAACAUGAAAACCAUUCAUCUGUGAGCAGUUUGAUCAUUUUAUUAUAAUAUUAAAUUACUUAGUUAAACAUUUAUGUAUUUUUUUAUAUAGAAAUUAAAUGAGGCUGCAUCAAUCGAAAAUCAGCAAUAUUUAUUUAAUUAAUAUUGCGUAAUAAGAAAUAAUAAAUUGAUAAUGGUAUUUUUGUUAUAAUCGCAUAAUCUAAACAUUUUUUAAAAA